UCUCCAAAUAGCACAUUUCUUGAUGUCACUGCAGAAAAUGAAACAAGAGAAGCAGGUGCUGCUCUCUGGGACAUUUUCAGAAGAGAAGAUACUGAGAAGUUAGAAACAUAUUUAAGAAAACACUCAAGGGAAUUCAGACAUACGUUUUGUUCUCCUGUUGAACAGGUUUUCCAUCCCAUUCACGAUCAAUGUUUUUAUUUAACAAUGGAGCACAAGAAGAAACUGAAGGAGGAGUUCGGUAUUGAACCAUGGACAUUUGAGCAGAAACUUGGGGAGGCUGUGUUUAUUCCUGCUGGAUGCCCUCACCAAGUGAGAAAUCUCAUGUCAUGCACAAAAGUUGCUGUGGAUUUUGUGUCCCCAGAAAACCUCCAUGAGUGUCUGCGUUUAACUAAUCAGUUCCGGCAGCUUCCCAAGAACCACAGGGCCAGAGAAGAUAAACUUGAGAUAAAGAAGAUGAUAGUGUAUGCUGCUGACCAGAUUCUCAAAGAUUUUGAGUCCUUGCUCAAGUGUGCUUGAUUGGCUUUGGAGCUUCUUCUGCUACUUAGAAAAGGAUUUUCCUUAGGCCAAAAGCAUCUUGUACAGCGGGAUUGUUUCCGGAGCGUAAUCACUGAUCGUUCCCUUAACGGAACGAGUCCUCAUUGGUAGCUCUGUAUAUAUUUUAGGAAACAGUUUCUUGUAAUUUUCCAUUCAUGAUGAAUAAAUUUAGCUCCUCCCUCAAAAGCUAGAGCUCAUGAUCACAAGAAAAUGGAGAGUGAUAAAAGUGGACAAGUUCACUUUUUUUUACCCGACAAAAUCAAUGUACGUAUAGCACCAAUCUAUUUUAAACUUUCGGAAUAAAUUUUUCCCAUGAAAAUUAUAACAGCAGAAGCAUAAGUUCGAAA